CCAAUCUCAUUCACUAAUUCUCCCAUACCUCCCGAUGUCUGAGACUCAACCUGCUCAGGCCCCCUCCGGACCGCAAAGCUCAAACCGAGGCGGCCGUCGGCGCGGACGAGGGGGAGGAUUCGGAGCUGCUCGCCAACCUGGACAGGCGGAAGCCUCGCAACAAACAACGGACGGUCCAGGAAAAGGGUCAAGAUCCAGAGGUCAUGGACCCCGCCGCGGCGGCGGCGGCGGCGGCGGGGGAGGUCGAGACAAACAGAAGUCCGCCGCGAACACGACUGAUGUCAAACCCACAACCACAAUUGAGAGUAAAGGAAAGCAGGCGGUCGCAGAGGAUUCCGAUGACGCGGACGAUGGGGAGGUCUGCUUCAUCUGUGCUUCGAAGGUUGAGCAUACCUCCGUCUCACCUUGCAACCACCGGACCUGUCAUAUCUGCGCGUUGCGGUUGAGAGCAUUGUAUAAGAACAAAGCUUGUGCACACUGUCGGACGGAAUCCAGCUUUGUGAUCUUCACAGAUGAUCAUGCUAAGCGCUUCGAGGACUUCACAGAAGCCGAUUUCUCCCAAAAGGAUGACAACCUUGGAAUCAAGUAUGAGAGUGGUGAGAUCUUCGAGGACACUGUUUUAUUAUUGCGGUACAACUGUCCCGAAAGGAGCUGUGAUGUCGCUUGUUUGGGAUGGCCUGACCUGCAUCGCCAUGUUAAGACCAAGCAUGGCAGGGUGAUGUGUGAUCUUUGCACACGAAACAAGAAGGUUUUUACCCACGAGCAUGAGCUUUUCACUAACCAGGAAUUGCGGCGACACGAGAGACAUGGAGACGAUGUUCCUGGUGCGAUUGACCAAAGUGGAUUCAAAGGACAUCCAGAGUGUGGUUUCUGUCGGCAGCGUUUCUACGGCGAUGACGAACUUUACGCUCACUGUCGUGACCGUCAUGAGCGGUGCCACAUCUGCGAUCGACAAUCAAGUAACCGUCAACAACAGUACUACAUUGACUACAACGCGCUAGAGGACCAUUUCCAAAAAGAUCAUUUUCUCUGCUUGGAUCAGGAGUGCUUAGAGAAGAAAUUCGUGGUCUUCGAAUCUCAGAUGGAUCUCAAAGCGCACCAGCUGGAAAACCACCCCAACGGGCUCUCGAAGGAUGCAAGACGCGACGCACGUACGGUCGACCUUUCUACAUUUGACUACAGAGCUCCGUACCAGCCUCAACGACAACGCCGUGGUGCAGGUCGUGGACGCGAUCCCAACUCAGAGCCUCUGCCCGUCUCGAGCGCACAGCCCCUGAGGCGAGACGAGAUUGCCUAUCAACGACAGAUGGCCAUUCAAAGUGCACAGUCUGUUUCCACCAGGAGUUUCGGCGGCCAGCUUACCCGCAGCGACACUCAACCUGUGCGCGCUCCCGCUCGAUCCGCGGCUGCCACGCCUGUGCAGACGCCUCCGGCCGCAUCCACUCCCGUUGCUGAAAUGAGCGACCUCAAUCUGAACGCAGAUGCGGGCCCCGUCUCCCCUCAGGAACAAGCACGCCGCCUGCGCCAUGCUGCCGUCGUAGAACGCGCCUCGAAUCUGCUCGGUAAUGAUAGGAACAAACUGAACGAAUUCCGCACCAGAGUUUCCAGCUAUCGCACUUCCUCCAUCUCUGCCACCGAACUAAUCGACGCUUUCUUCUCCCUCUUUGACACUUCCAGCACCGAGCUCGGUAAACUGAUCAAAGAGCUCGCGGAGAUCUACGAAGACGACAACAAGCGCAAUGCAUUGCUGAAAUCCUGGAACGACUGGCGUGCGAUCAACGAAGACUAUCCUGCCCUCCCCGGCCCUGGCGGGACUAUCCCCGGCAUGUCGCCAGGAACCGUCAAUGCCAGCGGCGUGGGAGGAAAGCGUGUCCUGCGUCUUAAAUCCUCCACUGCGCAGUCCUCCCGAUCCGCCGUCGGCAGAAGUGGUGCCAUGCCCUCCGGGUCCUCUUCGACCAGUGCUUUCCCUCCCCUUUCCUCUGCGACGGCUCGCUCUGCCCCGCGAUCCACGCCAGCUUCAUCCACCCCGUGGGCAAGCUCAGCAGCAGCACCCACUUCCGCCGCCCCCUCGCCCUCCAUUCCCCCCCGCACCUACUCCACUCGCACCGGCGCUCCCGCCACCUCCCGGCCGGCCCAAACCGGCAGCGCCGACGCUUUCCCAGCCCUCCCCGCAGCGCCCAAACCCAACGUCCUCAUGGCAGGUCUCACCCGCGGCACCGUCCGCUGGGACAACCGUGCACCGCAGGUGAACGCCUGGAGCUCCUCGUCCCGGAACGACUCCGGCGCCAACUCCACCGCGGAGGACGAGGACUUCCCUGCGGUCGGGGGCAAGAAGGGCAAAGGCAAGAAAGGAAAACAGACCUUGUUCCAUUUCGGAUAAUUCAGGGAAAAUUCCGUCUUUCUCCGCAAAUCUGAUACACUCAGUAUGUAUCUAUCUACCUAGACGAUUUACACCCACACACCCACGAGCUCUGUACCUCCAUCUUCUGAAGAAGUCUUUUGUCAUG